AUGCUCCUCGACAAAGGGGCAGAUGUCAACGCCCAGGGCGGCAAGUACGGCAACGCUCUUCAGGCUGCAUCCUCUAAGGGCUACCAAGAGAUCGUCCAGAUGCUCCUCGACAAAGGGGCAGAUGUCAAUGCUCAGAGCCAGAUGUGCGGCAAUGCUCUACAAAUCGCUUCGUCAGAGGGCCACCAAGAGAUCGUCCAGAUGCUUCUCGACAAAGGGGCAGAUGUCAACGCCCAGGGCGGCGAGGACGGCAACGCUCUUCAGGCUGCAUCUUCAGAAGGCCAUGAGAAGAUCGUCCAGAUGCUCCUUAACAAAGGGGCAAACGUCAACGCCCAGGGCGGCGAGUACAGCAACGCUCUUCAGGCUGCAUCUUCAGGAGGCCAUGAGAAGAUCGUCCAGAUGCUCCUUAACAAAGGGGCAAACGUCAACGCCCAGGGCGGAUUCUACGGUAACGCUCUUCAGGCUGCAUCUUCAGGAGGCCAUGAGAAGAUCGUCCUGAUACUCCUCAAGAAAGGGGCAAACGUCAACGCCCAGGGCGGCAAGUAUGGCAACGCUCUUCAGGCUGCAUCUUCACGAGACCAUGAGAAGAUCGUCCAGAUACUCCUUGACAAAGGGGCAAACGUUAACGCCCAGGGCGGCGAGGACGGCAACGCUCUUCAGGCUGCAUCUUCACGAGGCCAUGAGAAGAUCGUCCAGAUACUCCUUAACAAAGGGGCAAACGUCAACGCCCAGGGCGGAUUCUACGGUAACGCUCUUCAGGCUGCAUCUUCAGGAGGUCAUGAGAAGAUCGUCCAGAUACUCCUUGACAAAGGGGCAGACGUCAACGCCCAGGGCGGCAAGUAUGGCAACGCUCUUCAGGCUGCAUCUUCAGGAGGCCAUGAGAAGAUCGUCCAGAUACUCCUUGACAAAGGGGCAAACGUUAACGCCCAGGGCGGCGAGGACGGCAACGCUCUUCAGGCUGCAUCUUCAGAAGGCCAUGAGAAGAUCGUCCAGAUACUCCUCGACAAAGGGGCAAACGUUAACGCCCAGGGCGGCGAGGACGGCAACGCUCUUCAGGCUGCAUCUUCACGAGACCAUGAGAAGAUCGUCCAGAUGCUCCUUAACAAAGGGGCAAACGUCAACGCCCAGGGCGGAUUCUACGGUAACGCUCUUCAGGCUGCAUCUUCACGAGGUCAUGAGAAGAUCGUCCAGAUACUCCUUGACAAAGGGGCAAACGUCAACGCCCAGGGCGGAUUCUACGGUAACGCUCUUCAGGCUGCAUCUUCACGAGGUCAUGAGAAGAUCGUCCAGAUACUCCUUGACAAAGGGGCAGACGUCAACGCCCAGGGCGGCAAGUAUGGCAACGCUCUUCAGGCUGCAUCUUCAGGAGGCCAUGAGAAGAUCGUCCAGAUACUCCUUGACAAAGGGGCAAACGUCAACGCCCAGGGCGGAUUCUACGGUAACGCUCUUCAGGCUGCAUCUUCACGAGACCAUGAGAAGAUCGUCCAGAUACUCCUUGACAAAGGGGCAAACGUCAACGCCCAGGGCGGAUUCUACGGUAACGCUCUUCAGGCUGCAUCUUCAGGAGGCCAUGAGAAGAUCGUCCAGAUACUCCUUAACAAAGGGGCAAACGUCAACGCCCAGGGCGGAUUCUACGGUAACGCUCUUCAGGCUGCAUCUUCAGGAGGCCAUGAGAAGAUCGUCCAGAUACUCCUCGACAAAGGGGCAAACGUUAACGCCCAGGGCGGCGAGGACGGCAACGCUCUUCAGGCUGCAUCUUCACGAGGCCAUGAGAAGAUCGUCCAGAUGCUCCUUAACAAAGGGGCAAACGUCAACGCCCAGGGCGGAUUCUACGGUAACGCUCUUCAGGCUGCAUCUUCACGAGGUCAUGAGAAGAUCGUCCAGAUACUCCUUGACAAAGGGGCAGAUGUCAACGCCCAGGGCGGAUACUACGGUAACGCUCUUCAAGCUGCAUCCUCAGGAGGCUGUGUAAUGAUGGUUCUUCCAUUUAUUCUUGAAGGAUGCUAUGCAAAGAUUGUCCAGAUACUCCUUGACAAAGGGGCAGACGUCAACGCUCAGGGCGGCGAGUACGGCAAUGCUCUUCAGGCUGCAUCCUCUAAGGGCUACCAAGAGAUCGUCCAGAUGCUCCUUGACAAAGGGGCAGUUAUCAACUCCUUUUGUACUGACUCGCCAGCACAUGCUUCGUCUGCUGACAGCAACAGCUCGUCAUUUGACUGCUACAACUGUAACCGAUCCUUCAGCAGCAAGGACUCUCUAGAACAGCAUAGGCAAGACAUGCCGGCACAUGCUUCAUCCUUUCACUGCUACGCCUGCGAUCGAACCUUUGGCAGCAGCCAGGCGUUAGAACAGCACAUGCGCGACUCGCCGGCACAUGCUUCAUCUGCCGACAGCAGUGGUUCGUCUGGUGACAGCGACAGCUUGUCUUUUUACUGCUUCGCCUGCGAUCGAACCUUUGGCAGCAGCCAGGCGUUAGAACAGCACAUGCGCGACUCGCCGGCACAUGCUUCAUCUGCCGACAGCAGUGGUUCGUCUGGUGACAGCGACAGCUUGUCUUUUUACUGCUUCGCCUGCGAUCGAACCUUUGGCAGCAGCCAGGCGUUAGAACAGCACAUGCGCGACUCGCCGGCACAUGCUUCAUCUGCCGACAGCAGUGGUUCGUCUGGUGACAGCGACAGCUUGUCUUUUUACUGCUUCGCCUGCGAUCGAACCUUUGGCAGCAGCCAGGCGUUAGAACAGCACAUGCGCGACUCGCCGGCACAUGCUUCAUCUGCCGACAGCAGUGGUUCGUCUGGUGACAGCGACAGCUUGUCUUUUUACUGCUUCGCCUGCGAUCGAACCUUUGGCAGCAGCCAGGCGUUAGAACAGCACAUGCGCGACUCGCCGGCACAUGCUUCAUCUGCCGACAGCAGUAGUUCCUCUGGUGACAGCGACGGCUUGUCCUUUUACUGCUAA